GUGGCAGCACAGCACACAACAAACUAAGAGAUCAAAUAGUUUCUGAAGCUUUCUGAAACAUUAUGUUGGCUUAGCAAGGUUGGCCAGUGUGAUCCUUCAAAUCAUCGCUGACAUUCAAAACAAAGAAAAACACUCACUGAAACAAUGUCUCUUCAUCGGACAACGCAUCCUGACCCUGGGCCCCGCACUACUGAGAUAUUGUCUGAAAUUGACAGAGACAAACAUAUUUUACUGCAAAUGCUGGACCUGCACAGGGAGAAGGUGACUCCUCUGGAUCUUACAACGAUGCUGUAUGUCACCACCCCAAACAUGGAAGACAAGGUACCAAAGGACCCAACAGAGCUCUCAAAUGCAUUCCUCCGAAGGCUAUGGCUGUAUAAUCCCCAAGCCCGCAGCACUCGCUGUGAGGCUGUAGUAGGAGUGUAUGGUUUGGACAUGGAUGAGAAUUCACAAUGUGCCAUCAAUCCCUUGGACCUAGUUGCAGCCAUCUACAUGACAACAAAUAGUUUCCUGCAGCAAGAGAUCACCCACCGAAUGGUACAGUGCAACUUUGCAGUGCCUCUAUACCUACCACCCAUUUACCCAGAAAAGAAGGGAACCCUCCUCCUGUGUCCUUUUAGAGAUAUUCUAGGUCAGUGGAAGUCACCAUCUGAGGGAGCUAUCAUGAAGAAUAUGGCUGAUUCGAGGAUGCUGUUUCUCUCCGCAGUGAGACUAGGUCACUGCAGUGUCUCAAAAUCUCGAGUACUCAACCAUGUGCUUGGGGGUCCACACAAGCUGAAUGAAUGCUUCAUAAACUCUGGCAUGGAAGGAGGGAAGCUGCCUCGAGUUUUCUCAGAUGGUCUAGUAGAGGUGUGCUGGAAUCUUAUUUCAGGAGAUCAUCAGGACAAAGUCUUCCCUCAUCCUGUGCUGGUAGCUAAUCUCCGUGGAGAUGCAGCCAACCAUGAAAAACAGACAAGUCUUCUGUGUUACACAUCUGCAGUCCUCAUAGUAUUCUGUGGUAGUUUUGGCAUUAAGGAGCGAGAACUGCUUGCCUCAUGGAGAGACAAUACAAGCCACAUGAUUCUAAUAGACUGCUCAAUGUCAACUGAGGAGGAUGGACAAGAGAAUAAUGAACAUAAUGAGAGAAUAAAACAAAGGCUGGUGAAAGAUUUAGAAUUGCUUGAUGGUUCAGUAAUUUAUGGCUGUACAGGUGAUGAGGAAGCAAUUGCUAAAAGCUUAAGAGAUGCCCUGAAUCACCGUAUUCCAUACUUACACACCGCAAACCUUGUUGGCACAGCUGGUAUGGCCAAUGACCUCAACAUUAAAGUUGAUGAGAAUGAGAUCUGUCGAAUGGCAUUUGGUGAGGUUGAAGAAGUCCUCAGUGGAUUUGAAGAAGGAGUGUCUUUAUAUUUGGAGGACCAGCUGCCCCUGCAAGGUACAGUGUGGAAACAGUUGUGUCGGCUAGAGAAGGAAGAGGCACGUCAUCAUACAACCCAGAGCAUAACAGAAGAAAAGGAAAGCCUUAUUAAACUACUACUUGAAUAUAAGUUAACAACAGCCAUGAGGGCUUUUAUUACAGCUCUGUGUACAUUUGACAUGACCAAGCGGGCAUUUUUCCUCUCUUGGAUGAGGGUCAAACUUGAAGUUAUGCAGCUGGAUAGAUUGUCCCUUCAUAGGGAAACAGAUAGGGAACAGAUGCCAGAACCUUGCAUUGGACUCGAACACUUCCUGCGGGAGUUGGGAUUGGUCUAUGAACGAUAUUUCCGCAGCCCAAACAGUGACUUGUGCGACAUGUUUCGCUUACCAUAUUUCGGUGCUGAACUACUCUUGUAUGGAGUUCCCCUUGAGCUCUAUGAUGGGGAUGUCUCGGUUUUUCCCAUGAACUGGGUGUACAGCGUUCUUUACGAGGUACACAAGCAGCUGCCAAAGUUCAGUCGCAUGAGAGUCUUGACAGUCUUGGGUUUCCACAACUCAAAGACCGCUGAGAUCUUAUCUGCGUUGUUUGGCGUUAACUUCCCAAAGUGGGGGAGAAGGCAUAUCAAAGGGGCAUACAUGCUUCUCCUCAGCCUGCCUGACAACUUCAGAAAGGAGAUGGAUUGUGAAUUUCUGAUGUUUAUUGGGACAGAAGGUUUGAACAGCCAAUAUGCAAGGCAAACAGAAGGAAGUCUUGUGCAUGACAGUGAACUGGCUACUUUUGUCAGUGGACUGAGUGAUAUUACGCUGGUAAAUUUACCAGACGAAGUUCAGGAUGACACAAAACGCAACCUUCAGAUAGCAAUCAAUGCUCUUCUCUGCACAAGAGACUUGGAGAGGAAGACUACAUUUCAGGUUGCUUCAGAGGGAGCAGGAAGGGAUGGAAAAAUCAUGAGUUAUGCAAUUAAUGUACUGACCAAAGGACAGAGCCCAAAUGAAUCUCAAAGGGAGACACUUCUCGCAAAUGAAACAGGUGUAAACCAUAUCCUGAAUGGUCCAUGGACAAGCCAAUCUGUGACUACACAAAACGCUCAAACCUACAGUGAUGCAGUUCUUGGGCUAAAGCAAAGCCUGUUGACUAUGUUCCAUGACAAGGCAAAAAAUGGCCAACCAACCUGCUUGGGUGCAUUUAUGGAGCAUAUGUGCAACUUGUGGGAGUCAGUGAAAAAUGGAAAAUUUGCCAUAAAGUUUGGAGACACAGGAACAGCUGAUGUCAUUAUUGGCCUCUGCGCAAAACUUGUAGAGGGAGAGAAGCAGCUCACAGAUCAAAUGGAUCUUUGGGUUCAAGGGAUGGAAAACCAUAUAAACACGUUAAAAGAGUCAGCUUUACAAAAUGGAGAGGACAUGGAUUCAGAUGGCUUACUCAGAAUCUUAAGAGAAGAAGCAGCAACCCAAAUCAAUACAGAGGGAGACAAAAUCAAGGCAAGUCUCUGGGACAACCUCAGGGAAGAGGAUAUUGACAUUGCCCUUGUGGACAAUUACAAAGCAAGCCUUCUCAAAAGAGUAGACCUCAUUCAAGAGCACAUGACAUCUAAUGUUGUUCAAAAACUUGAGGCUGCUACCACCCGGCAUAACAUGACAGUCAAGAUGCAUGCCUUACUAAUGGCACUUGAAGCAGCACUGGAAGUAAAACUACGUGCACUCUUACAAACCUCAAAGAACACUGAAUGUUUGAUUGAGGACAAGGAGCUUGCACAGGAAUUUGUUAAUGUUUGGGAAGACAUCCCAUCCAACUGGAACGAUCCCCCUCUACAGACAGAGGAAAUCUUCACAAGGAUAGUGGAGCAGCUAAAGGAAAACCUGAGCAAUCGUGGUCUGAUAAAUCAGAAGAUCAAACUCUGGAACGCAAACCAACUCAAUGGCUUCAUGGUAAAGAAUGGUCACUUUGCUCUUGGUAGUAAGAUGAAGAAAACACUGAAGUACAACAAAGACGUUGCUCAAAAAUUCACCAAUAAUUUGAUAGAGGACUGUAACAGGAGAGUCUCUGAGAAACUGUGGCGCAAAGAGGGCUACUCUGACAGCUACAUGAGAGAGUUACUUAUAAUUGUGGACAAGGGUCUGGAAGUUUUAAAAUUAGAGCCAUUCAUUAUGAAACCCAAAUUUGAGGUGGACCUCAAAGGAUACAUCUGUAGCAAAGCAGCGGAGUCUUUUCAAGAAAUCCAGGAGUCGCUCAUGAGGGAAAGAGAAAUUAAAGGGCGAUUUCUAAAGGAGCUCAAGGAAAAACACAUGCUGAAUUUCAUGUAUCAGUUCCGAAAGAGGGACCAGUGUCAAAGAGCAGCCCAAGCUUUCACCAACCUGUGCCUCAAACCAACAGCUGAAGACUUUAUUUACAGCAGCAUGGAGAGACAGAUAUUUCAUGAUAUGCUCCAGCAUAAAAAUGCACAGCUUUACAGCUCAUCAGAGAAGUUCCACUACGGUCUUCUUAAAGACAUGCUGCUAAAAGACCGCUUUGAGAAUUUCCAUGAGUACCUGCAGUCCCAUGAGAGCUUCAGUCGGAAGAGCAUAGAGAACUUUGUCGCAACACAUCUCUCAAGUUCUGUUAUGAUUGAAGACCGCAGGAAACAGAAAAUGCACCAAAUCUUUGAACUGAUACAGAGAUGCAUUAUUCAGGCAUCUGAAAAUGGUAGUGGGGUACAGAGCAAUGUAAGACUACUACUGGAGAAAAUUUGCAUCAACCUGCAGAGUCUGGGAGAAAUCUUUGUGCCAACUCAAAUCUUGGAGGAAACUUUGUUUGACAUAACUAUACAUUGUGAACACUUCCUCACAGAUCUAAAGGAAUCAGUUACUGAGCUGUCCUCAUCAAUUGCCCAAGGAUUUAAGGAGAAUGAAGAUGUUAUUGAAGUCUUUGAUGACCUCCCCUGUAAACUUCAGAACAUGCUAUAUGAAAGAUUGAAGGGCUGUGAUCAGCGCUGUCCUUUCUGCAAAGCUCCAUGUGACCUGGGAGAAAAGGAACAUCAAGUGCAUGAAGCCGUUCUGCAUCGACCCAAAGGUCUAGUGUGUUAUACCAAUGCCAACUCCACGACUCUGUCCCACAGCACCUGCUCUGCAGAUAUUACAGGCAAGAACCAAUUCCAAAACAGACAUACAGGGGGUCAGUCUCUGCCCUUUAAGGAGUACCAGUCCAUCUACCCAGACUGGAAUAUUUCCCCAGAGGAUCCUAGGAACAAUGGGGCUGCAGUCUACUGGAGGUAUGUGUUUGUGAGGUACAACAGUAGGUUUGCUCAAGAAUAUCAGUGUGCACCUGCAACAUUACCUCAAACUUGGGAAAGAAUCAGCCAGGAGGAGGCACUACGGAGCCUAAAAGAGGCCUUCAAUAUUACAGAGUGACAACAUCCUUAACCAGCAUCAUUAUCUCCAUGUUUGUAUUUCUCAUAAUUUAACUGCACCUGAUAACACAGAACUUUACUUUAGACAAAGACUAUACUUGUAUUAAAAUGAAAAGGAGAAAUUAGAAAUCAUGCUUUUUAAAUCUCCUAUAAAAUCUUACAAAUAACACAUUUUAAACAAUAAUGAAAGGAUACAUUUUUAUUUUACUUUUAUUUGUUUUGACUUUAAUUUUCUUUAUUUUUACUUAAAAUUUUCUUAGCAUUUUAAAUAAGUAAAAAAAUAGAUAUAUGCAUUUUUUUUAUUUUAUUUUUUAAGAGGUAACUACAAAGCUAUCGCUCGCCCUCUGUCUACCGACUUUGCUCUGACUGUCACAUGACAAAAAUGGUCAGAGGGGAGAACAGUAAAAUGAAGAAAACAAUGCUCAAAUUGGUAAAGGGAAAUUGGUAGUUUUCACUUCUCAUUUUAUUACUGGAAAUCUUGAAGAAAGGCUUGAAAUUAAAUUACAUUUAUCAUCGCAGAGAGAAAUAUGUGUCCAGCUUAUAUUAAUAUCAGUCCAUUUCCAAUUAUCUUUUCUGUCACGGUUAUGCAAAAAAGUCGCUGUAUGUUUGGGAAUGGCUGUUCAGUCACUACAUUUAGAGAAAAGCUUGUUAAAAAAAAAGUUGUUAACUGACCCUCCGCCAUGUCCAACCUAUACUUGGGCUGCUCUUACUAGCCAUAACAAAUCUUUCUGCACUUUCCUACCUUCACCCUGUUGUUGUCUCGCUGUCAAACGUGACGCAAAAAACCAGCAUCAACAUUGAUGUUUCAUACCCCUCAACAAAGGUGUAGUUGCGCUCCUGGUCCUGCCUUACAGGUAAAAGAGCCGAUCACUUUUUAGAUUCAGACAUCGAAUGUCAGUCAACUCGAGAUGGUCAUUUGCAUUAGCUGAACCAGCCUGACAAAUAGCGUUUUAUAGCCUGAUAUGAGCUAAAGAAGCACAAUUUAUGAUUAAUUUUGUCAGUUUUACUGCUAAUAUGAAAUAUGUUAUUAAUUGUAAACUUGACAAACCAUUUUAAAGAUUUUGGUCUUUCCCUAUUCAAAUAGAUAGGAGCUGUACUUUCAUGCUGUUUGAUUCCAUAAAACAAUAGCUGCCUAAGAGUGUUCCCAAUAUGGCCAACGAGUGGACUGACUUGCCUUGAAAAUGACUUUGCUGUAAAUAAAAAAAAGAUAGAAGGGAGAAACAGGUGAAAACAGUUGAUAAACCCUUUCGUAUAAUCACAUGUUAUGACCAGUUCCAGGUAUAUUUACCUAUUUGCCUCUUAGAAAUGUUAACUCGUUAGAUUUCAUAAGUAAUUCAAUGUUCACUGUCAACAGAAUGUCUGUUAAUAAGAUUUAUACCAUGGUGACACUUUUACUUUCCCUUCAUUACAAAUAUUGCUCUGAUAUAUGGUUUACAAAUAAAAAAUAUUUUAAAAAA